AUGAACGUCAACAUGGAGCGAGCCAGCUUCACGAGCCUGCUGGAGCACUCGCAGUUCGGUGCUCCGCUGCAAGUCCCGCAGCAGCCGCUGAUGCACCCAAGCCACGCACAAGCUCAGCCGGCGUUCGGACUCCAAGGCAUGGUGUCCCAACCGAUGUCGAUGGGUGCGCCGCAGUUCAAGCAGCAACCAGCUCCUGCUCCGGUGAAGCUCCCCGCAGACCAGUCGGUCCCGAACGUGCUUCAGAACAUGAUGAGCCGCAGCAAUAGCUCCAAGCUCACUCCGUCCAGCGCGGAGGCCUCUUUGCUGUCGCUUGUGGAUGGUGAGCUUCGCGUGUCUUCAAUCUCAAACCUCCCGGUGUUCCUCAAGAUUCUGCCUCGCUGCAAGACGGAGCCUGAACAAACUCUAGCACUCGUGGUGCUGCGUGCCACCUCCACCGCCAGCGACGCCAAGCUGUCUCACGCUUGUGCUGGUGCCUUCGAGAAGAGUGGCGGCCUGCGCCUUGCGCGCGCCUGGGUCGAUUCGGCAGUGGCUUGGCAACACAAUGACUUGCUGGUUCUACUGUUAGAAGUCUUGCAGACUCUACCGUUGCAAUUAACUAGUAUUACGGAAGCACGUAUCAAUGAGCCUAUCGUCAAGUUGCGCAAGAACGCUCGUGAAGAGCGGGUCAAGCGCGCAGCUCAGGAUCUUCUCAAGUUCUGGCGUAGCAAGUUUACAGAGAAGGAGAAGCCGGCGGCGCCCUCGUCGGUAGCCAAAGAGAAGACGCCCGACUCUUCCAGCAGCUCGAACAAGCCGUCCUCAUCAACGACAGCCUCUUCUGCAAAGCCAGCGCCUUCGACUGCCUCUAGCUCAGCUCCUGCCAAGCCGGUGCCAGCUAAGCAGCCUAAGGUAUUGAAGAAGCGUACUAUCAAGCGGUUAGAGCGGCUUCCUUUCGGCGGCGGCAGUGCGGUGUCGAAGUCCAGCGACUUGAUUGGAAAUCUCAUGCAGCGCAAGUCAGCUAAGGACGCCGCCGCUGCAGCGGAGAAGAAGAAGACUACGGCCAGCGUGGACGAUGCGUUGUCCAUGCCCCUUCCCACGAUUCAAAGCUUCAAGGCCGCAUCAUCUUCGACUUCUUCCUCAAAAGAACGCAAGCGCAUUCGGUGGGCGGACGAGAGCGGCGAGGAGCUUAUCAAGGUGAAGCUGAUCGAGUCGUGGCGCGAUCUUGUGCCCUACGACCCGCGGCACGAUGACCAGAGCUUCAAGGACGCCAAGCUCCGUGAGCACGCCAACGAGCGGCAUGCGAUGCUCGCUCAGCAUCACAAGGUGCCACCAGCUGUAGCAGCUUCAAAGUCGCGCGAGUGGACUACUCCAGCAUUUAUUCGUCUGCCGGAAGCUGUGGCAGCGCGUGUCGACAGCAAGACCGAUGAGAUGCAUGUCCAGGACAGCCGUCGGCGUCAUGUGGACGAGUAUGAAGUGUUAGCCGGUGAGAUGCCGAUCCCGAGUCCGAAGGAGUGGGAACGCGUCAACGAGCCCCACCGCGGACCGCCUCUAGAGAUUCCGCUGAGCGAUGUGGUCGAAGGUGACCCUUGCGCUGCUGCUAUGAUGGCCCCGCCUACCUCGUCGGCCCCGCCUACCUCGUCGGCCCCGCCUGACUACUCUCGAGAGGGGUAUCCUUCUGGAGGGUACGACCAGGCCCCAGGCUAUGAUCAGCGUGGUUACGACAACCGCAGCGAGUACAAUGGUCGGCAAGACCCCGAGGCGGAUCGCAAGCUGCGUGAAGCCUUGGGUCCUCUGCAGGAGAACACGGUCGCUCUUUUGCUCGACAACCCCGACGUGGUGCCGCAGGUGCUAGAGGAGGCGCAGCGCCAUGGCAACCGCAUUCCAGAUGCUCGUGUGUUUGAAAUUGUGGAUCAGUAUCGUCGCGGUCGCUACCAAGCCCCGCCCAAUGCUGGUGGGCCCCCACCUGCGUUUAGUCCUUACGGUAGUCAGCAGCAGCAGCAGUAUGGCGAUAUGGGUCCUGGUGCGGGCUAUGAUCACCAGUACCAGCAGCAGUACCCGCCUCAGCAAGGCCCGCCAGGAGGGCCCUUUAUGCCUGGAAAGCGGAAGGCAGACGCCAUGGGCGCUUCGCACAACGGCCCUAUGCUCGACGCUCCGCAGUCCAAGCGGCCAUCAAAGAAGAACCGCGGCACGCUGCCCUGCAGGUACUUUGCCUCGCCGAUGGGUUGCAAGCACGGUGGCAACUGCCACUACGCGCAUGUUCAGCCGGCGCCUGCUAACGGCCCCGAGUUCGAGAGUAUUUAUAACAGCCAAAAUGGUCCCAUGAUGGGAGGACGAGGCGCAGGACCCAUGAUGGGCGGCCGAGGAGCUGGUCCGAUGGAGAGAUAUGGCCCUGCGGGCAUGCAGCAGCCGGGUCACCACAUGCGUGGAGGACGAUGA